AUGUUUGGUAUUAUCUGCUCAGGCCAGUUUUACGGAUUCCAUGGUUCAAGAAGCUCCCAAUUCCAAUCAGAUAAUAAUGGGGCUGCACAACUCAAUGGCAGUCACCUAGCAAGCACGUAUUGUGCAUUGGCAAUAUUAAAGACUGUUGGCUAUGAUUUAUCUCAAAUUGACACUGAAGUAUUAUUGAAAUCAAUGAGAACUCUGCAACGGCCUAAUGGAUGUUUUAUGCCCAUUCACACUGGAGGAGAAACAGAUCUCCGCUUUGUGUUUUGUGCAGCGGCCAUUUGUUCAAUGUUGAAGAAUUGGACCGGCAUGGAUCGUGAGAAGGCUAAGGAAUUUAUUAGAAAUUGUCAGUCGUAUGACGGUGGAUUUGGACUGAUUCCAGGUGCAGAAUCUCAUGGUGGUGCCACUUAUUGUGCUGUUGCAUCUCUUAAACUGAUGGGGUUCUUGGGAGAAGAUUCACUAUCUGCAGAAGCAUCCUCUGAUGUCAUCAACGUGCCAUUGCUUCUGGAAUGGAGUUUGCAGAAGCAGGCAUUCGAAGAUGGUGGCUUCCGAGGUAGAGCGAACAAGGCAACUGAUACGUGUUACGCCUUUUGGGUGGGAGGAACUCUAAGGAUUCUACAAGCCGAUAAAUUCAUAAACGAGGAAGCAUUGCGUGGAUUUUUGCUGACUUGUCAAUAUAAGUAUGGUGGUUUCAGUAAAUUCCCGCAGAUGUUGCCAGAUAUUUACCACUCCUAUUAUGGAUUUUGCGCAUUUAGCAUGUUGAGAGAACCUGGUCUCAACCCUUUAUGCGUUGAACUGGGUAUAUCGGCUAUUGCUACAAUUGGACUUUGAGUGCUGCAUUGGCACAAGAUCAGACCCGAGUAAAGAAGUAUACCGCGAUCAGCUACACUAACAGCACCAUAACUACAACUUUCUGCAAGAAAUUUAUCCAGGUCACUGUGUUUCUUUUUCCAUUGUCUUGUUUAUAAGCCACACAUUGCUGUAUUAAGUACUACUAACUUAUAAGCUUAGUCAAACAUCUUUCUUGAAUCUUGAUACAAAUACACUUGUGAUGAACUUUGACUCGUUUUGCAAUUUAGGGUACGGUCUUUGGAAUGUCGAAAUAUGGUCGACAUGUUA